AUGUCCCUAAGAACCACCACCAGCGGCGAAACGACGGAAGCCCUAGCAUCGGAACCAGCAACAACAUCGGCAACCGCGCCAGCGCAAGCGGCUCCGGGCCCGGCGGCUCCGGCGGUCCCGGCAGCGCAAGCGGCGCAGGCGGCACAGCAGCUGGCGCGGUGGCGGCAGCAGCAAGGCGCGAGCUGGCAGUCAUUCGCGCUGGACCUCGCACUCGGCGGCGCGCUAGGCGGCGUGUCGCACACGAUCGUGGCGCCGAUCGAGCGCGUGAAGCUGCUGCUGCAGACGCAGGACAGCAACGCCGCGAUCCUCGCGGGGCAGCACCGGCGGUACCGCGGGUUCGUGGACGCGGUCACGACGAUUGUGAAGGAAGAAGGCUUUUGGGCGCUGUGGAGAGGGAACGGGACGAGUGUCAUGCGCUACUACCCGUCUCUCGCGCUCAACUUCGCGUUUAAGGACUACUAUCGCGUUCUCUUCGCCCCCUCGCACCUACUCAUAGACCCUUCCGCCACGCGAAUCGCAGCGGGAAACUUCCUGGCAGGCGCAGCAGCAGGAGCCACGAGCCUCCUAGUCACUUACCCCCUAGACGUGGCGCACACGCGCCUAGCCACCGAUAUAGGCACGCGCAGGCAGUUUGCAGGCAUGCGCUCCGUUAUAGCGGCGCUCUGGCGAGCAGAGGGGAUUAAAGGCUUAUAUCGCGGAUUUCCUGCGUCCGUACAUGGGAUCAUCGUGCAUAGGAGUUUGUACUUUGGCGGGUUCGAUAGUGCCAAGCAGCUGCUGUUGAAGGGCCACGGCGGGGGAGGGAGAGGAGGAGCGGGAGGAAGAGGGGAUGGAGGAGAGGGAGGAGGGGGAGGAGGAGGGGCAGCGCUAGUGGGGGGAGGAACGAGUGGAGCAAACAGUGAGGUGAUGAGAGGAGAAAAGCGAAGGGCUGGAGAGGAGGAUGGGGACGGUUUGGGGCACGCGCCGUUCUGGUUGAGGUGGAUGCUGGCACAGGCAGCAACGACGACGGCUGGUGUGGUGUCUUACCCGUUUGACACCGUGCGGCACCGCAUGAUGAUGCAAGCUGGGCUUGCGAAGCCGAGGAGAGGCGAAGCAGGGCGAGCAGGGCCAGCAGGGGGCAAGGCUCAGCAGCACCACCUCCAACAGCAGCAACAGCAGCAGCAGCAGCCAGGGCGGAAGAUAGUGGUAUUCAAGAGCACGUGGGCAUGCUGGAAGCACGUGUAUCGGCAGGAGGGCGUUCUGGGGUUCUAUAAGGGGCUCUUCAGCAAUAUCCUCCGAGGCACUGGGGCGGCAUUUAUUCUCGUCAUGUACGACGAGCUUCGGCAGUUUGUGCACGGGGAUAAGGGGCUGUAA